AUGUCAGGUCCAUCCACUCGUAGUGGUCGAGCUGUGGAAAAGGUCGAAAAAGGCAAGGAAGUAGAACAUACCCUCGAUGACGACCACAAUCCCGCGGGUUCAUUCAACACCAAUCCUCAAUCCGAUCCAUUUACCGCCGACAACACAUCAAACGACACCCAAACCCAACUCGAGAUGAUGCGCAACCAUAUUGCAAGACUUGAGCAACAGAAGGAAGAGUUGACGCAUAAGUUGGAAGAGAGCAAAGUCGAACGACAGAUGUUUGAUAAUAGCGAAGAUAAUGAGGGCAAAAACGAACAAGAAUUGGAUGAAGAAGACGAAGAACCUAGAUCAAGCCGCGACCUGUCAGCGCAAACACCAUACCCAGAAGUUAAAAGGGAAUACAGCCGACAACGCACCUCAGUACCCUCCAGUAGACCUCAAGAACCGAAGGUAUCCCAACCCGAGUACUACCAUGGGCAGUAUACCAAGCUCUCAACCUUUAUCACUCAAGUGACAAUGGUGAUUACCCUCCAACCUUCUCGUUUCCCUACCGAGACCUCCAAAGUCCUAUACGCCGGAUCUUUCCUCCGAGAUACCCCAUUCUUAUGGUUCCAACCCUUCGUAACCAUCGAUCCCCAGCCCAAGUUUAUGCUGGACUUCAAGAAAUUUUGUGCCGAAUUAAGGAAGAACUUCGGAGAUCCAGACGAAGAACAGACAGCAGAACGACAACUAAACACUGUUCGUCAGCAAGGUUCUGUAUCCUCAUACCUCGCAACCUUUAUGCGUUAUGCCACCUUGGUUCAGUGGAACGACGAAGCGAAGAAGGCUUGCUUCUACAGGGGCUUGAAGGAUGACAUCAAAGACGAACUUGCCAGACUACCCAAAGCCAAGUCAUUCAAGAACCUCCAAGACAUGGCCAUCCGCAUUGAUAGCCGUCGAUAUGAACGAGUAUUAGCAAAGCGAGACCAGCAACCAAAGGCGCCUUUCAACGCCACCCGAAGCGACUACACCCGCACCUCUUACAAUAACAAUCGCCCCAACAACUUCAGACGUUUCUCUGCGGCGAAUAGCAUGCCGAUAAGGUCUACCACUGCCAACACCACCUUCAAUAAAGAGGUGACGCCGGCAGUCAACCUGAGGGCUGCAUUUGUCCCAACUUUAAUCGAUUCCGGUGCCUCUACAAACUUCAUCGACAAAAGAUUCGUCCAGACCUUUAACCUCAAAACCACGAAAAUAGAAGAUUCGAUCCCAUUAUACCUAUUCAACGCUGCGGGUCAGCGAACUAUAAUUGAAGAAGAAGCCAACAUCCUGGUCAACUUCCAGAAACCAUUCGGACACACCUUACUCCGACUCCUCAUAACCGACAUCGGCUCCUAUCCCAUCGUCUUAGGUAUCACCUGGUUACAAGAGCACAAUCCGUCCAUCAGCUGGGAAACACUUUCCAUACACCCACCUGUAUCACAGACGACGAGUGCCAACUUAGCCAUGGUCAUCACCAAUGACAAACCUCCAAAAGAAAACACCGAUGCCGAAAUAGUACCUAAAGAAUACCAUCAAUAUCUAGAUGUAUUCGACAAGAAAAGCGCCGAUACACUCCCAGAACAUAGGUCUUUCGACCACCAUAUCCCUCUCGAAGAAGGAAAGAACCCACCUUUUGGUCCCAUAUACAAUCUCUCCGAAACAGAACUUGAAGCUCUCCGCGAAUACCUUGAUGAGAAUCUUAAGAAAGGUUUUAUCCGACCGUCCGAAUCACCAGCCGGAGCACCCAUACUCUUUGUCAAAAAGAAAGACGGAUCGCUUAGGAUGUGUGUCGAUUACCGGGGAAUCAACAAGAUCACCAUCAAGAAUCGCUAUCCUCUACCAUUGAUCGCCGAACUCCUAGAUCGACUCAAAUCAGCCAAAGUAUUCACCAAGAUCGACCUGCGAGGAGCCUACAAUUUACUUCGCAUUAAGGCAGGCGAAGAAUGGAAAACAGCUUUCCGUACUCGCUAUGGGCAUUUCGAAUAUUUGGUAAUGCCGUUUGGCCUCACCAAUGCCCCUGCAUCCUUCCAACAUCUCAUGAACCACAAUUUCCGCGACUUGCUAGACAUAUUUGUUAUCAUCUACCUCGACGACAUCCUCAUCUACAGCCCAGACUUGGAGACUCACCAGUCACACGUCAUACAAGUCCUAGAUCGCCUCCGCCAAACCCAAUUAUAUGUCAAAGCUUCAAAGUGCGAGUUCCAUCAAACCUCAGUAGAGUUCCUAGGUUUCGUUGUCAGCGACCAAGGUCUAUCAAUGGACACCAAGAAAGUAAAGUCUAUCACGGAAUGGCCGACACCUCGCAAUCUCCGUGAUACCCAAUCCUUCCUUGGGUUCUGUAACUUCUACCGAAGGUUCAUCAAGGACUACUCUAGUAUCGCCAAACCUCUUAUCGACUUGACAAAGAAGGACUUACCCUUUGUAUGGGAAGAACCUCAACGAACAUCUUUCGAAGCACUCAAAAAGAGUUUCACCUCUGUUGAUCUCCUACGUCAUUACGAUCCGACCAAGCAACUCAUCCUUGAAACCGACGCCUCCGACUAUGCCAUCGCAGGUAUCUUAUCACAUGAAAUCGACAAGAAACUCGAACCAGUUGCUUUCUUCUCUCACAAAAUGUUGCCUGCCGAGUUAAACUAUCCUAUUCACGACAAAGAAAUGUUAGCAAUUGUUUCAGCAUUCAAAGAAUGGCGACAUUACUUCGAAGGUGCUAGAGAAACCAUUCGUGUCUACACCGACCACAGAAGCCUGGAGUACUUUAUGACUACCAAGCAACUCAAUCGACGACAGGCGCGAUGGUCUGAAUUCCUAGCCGACUUUGACUUCAAUAUCAUCUACCGACCAGGCGUACAAGGCACAAAGCCUGACGCACUCACCCGAAGACAUGAUUAUCAUCCACUCGAGAAAGGCUCCAGCCUUACUACUGCUGCCAAUCCUCAGAAUUUCCAGACUCUCCUUCGCCCUGGACAGUACUUGGGUACUGCCACAACCGGACUCGAUCGGUUGGAAAUAUCUUCGCCCAUCAAGUCGUUGUUGAAAACCGGUCUAGAAACCGAUGAAUCAGCAAAACCAUUCUUGGACAAAGCCAACCAUCCCUCCGAAGCUCACCCAUAUACUCGAGACGAUGAAGGACUCCUCAGAUAUGGCGAAUCAUUCUAUGUCCCAGCCAAUAACGAGCUACGCACCCUCGUCACGAAAGAAUGCCAUGAUGCACUCACUAGUGGGCAUCCCGGACGACGCAAGACUAUCCAACUCAUCCGACGCCAUUACUGGUGGCCAGGCCUAAAAGGCUUCGUCAAUCACUACAUUGAUUCCUGCGAUCUUUGUUGCAGAACUAAGACAAGACGUCAUCAGCCCUAUGGCGAACUCAAGUCUCUACCCAUUCCCCCAUAUCCCUGGUCAUCUGUAUCGAUGGACCUCAUUGAACAACUUCCCCCAUCACACGGCUACAACACCAUCCUUGUGAUCGUAGACCGACUCACCAAGAUGGCUCUCUUUAUCCCCACAACGACUAGCCUCAACGCCGAGGAACUCGCCCAAUUAUAUGUCACCCACGUCUUCUCCAAGCACGGGAUUCCGACCAGUAUUGUAUCAGAUCGUGGAUCUGAAUUCACAUCCCGCUUUUGGCGAGCAUUCACACAACUCCUACACAUCGAGUUAGAACUCAGUACAGCUUUUCACCCAGAAACAGAUGGACAAACCGAACGAGUGAACCAGGUCUUAGAACAAUAUCUGCGCCUUUAUACCGAUUAUAAGCAAAAGGAAUGGGCACCGCUACUCCCAGUUGCGGAAUUCACUUACAACAAUACGCCCCAUUCGUCCACUACCAUGUCCCCCUUCUUUGCCAACAAAGGGUACCAUCCCAGGGCAUCGUUUACCCCCGAUGACAACGUUCCUAUUUUCAGCCCACCUGCCAGAGCCUCCAUCACCGACUUGAGCAAGCUCCACGAACACCUCAAGAUAGAAAUGUCCAAAGCACAAGAGAGUGCAGCACUACAGUUUGAUAAGCACCGUGCCCCACUUCCCGAAUAUACUAUCGGCGACAAAGUCUGGCUAUCUGCCCGUAACAUCAAAACGAAACGACCCACCAAGAAAUUAGAUCACCGUUAUCUCGGUCCCUACACCAUUAUCGCGCGCGUUUCUUCCCACGCGUAUCGCCUUGAGUUGCCGAAAUCAAUGCGUAUCCACGACGUCUUCCACGUCCAAUUGCUUGAGAAAUAUAUUGAGAAUGAGAUCCCAGGGCGAACACAAGUCGCACCAUCACCUAUCGAAGUCGAAGGUGACCUAGAAUACGAAGUCGAGUGCAUCCUCGAUCAUCGAUUUUACCGAAAACGCCGCCAAUUCCUUAUCAAGUGGCUCGGCUACAGUGCCGAACACAACAGUUGGGAACCCGAAACCGCUCUAGAAAAUGCUUCAGAGAUUGUUGAUCAGUAUAAGUCAACACACCGAUUAUAG